AUGAAGUGUCUUAGAUUGUAUCUACAAGAAAUGAUUGAAGAAAACCACACAAAGGUGACUGAAUUUGUUUUUGUAGAUUUACUGGAUAGUCCAGAGAUGGAGCUGCUCUCUUUUAUUGUGAUAUUAAUUAUCUAUUUAAUUACACUGACUGGCAAUCUGGGGAUGAUCAUAUUAAUCAGGAUAAGCUCUCAGCUCCAGAGCCCUAUGUAUUUCUUCCUCAGUCAUUUGUCUUUCUUAGAUUUUGGGUAUUCUUCAGCCAUUGCCCCUAAAAUGCUAGCUAACAUACUGGCAGACAAGAAAAGCAUUUCAUAUGCUAAUUGUGCUGCACAAAUGUAUUUUUUCAUUUUCUGUGCAAGUACUGAGUGUUUCCUCCUGGCAGCGAUGGCGUAUGAUCGGUACGUGGCUAUCUGUAAUCCUCUCCUCUACGUGGUUACCAUGUCUCCCAAAAUGUGCUCUGUGAUGGUAGCUGGAUCUUAUCUCAUUGGCUUGGUGAAUGCAGUGACACAAACAGCUUCUACCUUUCAGCUCUCUUUUUGUGGCUCCAAUGUCAUCAACCAUUUUUUCUGCGAUGUUCCCCCUUUGCUGUCUCUUUCUUGUACUGACACAAGCAUCAACGAAAUGGUGCUCUUCAUUUUUGCAACAAUCCUGGGAAUAUUUACUUCAACAGAAAUUAUGGUGUCGUAUGCAUUCAUCUUGACAGCAAUCCUGCGGAUUAAUUCAACUGAGGGGAAACAAAAGGCUUUUUCAACAUGUGCCUCCCACUUGGCAGCUGUAAUCAUCUUCUAUGGAACAGCUGUCUUUAUGUACCUGCGCCCAAGUUCCAGCUAUGUUCUGGAUCAGGAUAAAUGGGCCUCCAUCUUCUAUACCAUAGUGAUUCCAAUGCUAAAUCCUUUGAUCUAUAGCCUAAGGAACAAGGAAGUCAAAAAUGCCUUGAAUGCUUUUUUUUAA